AUGGUGAACUUUACGGUGGAGCAGAUGCGUGAGAUCAUGGGUAACCCCAAAAACAUCCGAAACAUGUCUGUGAUUGCUCACGUCGAUCACGGAAAGAGUACCCUUACGGAUUCACUUGUCUCGAAGGCCGGUAUUAUUGCCGCUAAGAACGCUGGUGAUGCUCGGUUCACGGACACACGUGCUGAUGAGCAGGAGCGUUGCAUCACUAUCAAAUCUACCGGUAUCUCUAUGUACUUCGAACACGAUCUCGAUGAUGGCAAAGGUAUGCAACCAUUCCUUAUCAACCUCAUCGAUUCGCCCGGACACGUCGACUUCUCUUCGGAAGUGACUGCUGCCCUUCGUGUCACUGACGGUGCUUUGGUCGUCGUCGACACCAUUGAAGGUGUAUGUGUGCAGACGGAGACUGUGUUGCGACAGGCAUUGGGUGAACGUAUCAGGCCCGUGCUUCACGUCAACAAGGUCGACAGGGCACUGUUGGAACUUCAGAUGGGACCGGAGGAGAUCUACAUGACUUUCCUUCGUUGUAUCGAAAAUGUCAAUGUCAUCAUUGCCACUUACAACGAUGAACUCAUGGGAAAUGUGCAAGUGUACCCCGAAAAAGGUACCGUAUCAUUCGGUUCUGGACUUCACGGUUGGGCUUUCACUAUUGAAACUUUUGCUCGCAUCUACAACACCAAGUUCGGUAUUUCUAAGGAGAAGAUGAUGCACUACCUCUGGGGUGACCACUUCUUCUCCAGAUCCGGCAAGGUGUGGUUGUCUGAAGCUUGUCCCGAAGCACCUGACCGUGCCUUCUCCAACUUCAUCAUGAAGCCCAUAUGCAGUUUGUUCACCAACAUUAUGAACGACAACAAGGAGAAGUACCAGGCUCAAUUGAAGUCUAUCGGUGUUGAGUUGAAGGGAGAGGACCGUGAUCUUACCGGAAAGGCGUUGCUUAAGAGGGUUAUGCAAAUAUGGCUACCAGCUGGUGAUGUUCUUCUACAAAUGAUUGUCAGCCACUUGCCUUCCCCAUUCGAAGCUCAGAAAUACCGUGUUGAAAACCUUUACACGGGUCCCAUGGACGAUGAGGCUGCUAACGGUAUCCGCAACUGUGACCCUGAAGGACCACUAAUGAUGUACAUCUCUAAAAUGGUACCGACAUCCGACAAGGGUCGGUUCUAUGCUUUCGGAAGAGUUUUCUCUGGUACAGUUGCCACUGGUCAGAAGGUCAGAAUUCAGGGUCCUAAAUAUGUGCCUGGUGAAAAGACUGACUUGCUAGUCAAAAACGUCCAGCGUACAGUGCUGAUGAUGGGUCGUUACACGGAACAGAUCCAAGAUGUUCCAUGUGGUAACACAUGUUGUCUGGUAGGUGUUGAUCAAUACAUUUUGAAGAGUGGUACCAUUACCACUUGUGACACCGCUCACAACAUUGCCGACAUGAAGUACUCUGUGUCACCCGUCGUCCGUGUGGCUGUCAAGCCUAAGGACUCCAAGGAUCUGCCUAAACUUGUGGAAGGUCUUAAGAAAUUGUCCAAAUCUGAUCCUCUUGUUGUUUGCACUACCGAAGAAAGUGGUGAACACAUUAUUGCCGGUUGUGGUGAACUUCACGUUGAAAUUUGUUUGAAGGAUCUCAGAGAUGAGUACGCCCAAAUUGAUUUCAUCGUUUCUGACCCCGUUGUUUCCUACAGGGAGACUGUAGCUGCUGAAUCUAGCAUUACAUGUCUGUCUAAAUCCCCCAACAAGCACAACAGGCUGUUCAUGAAGGCCGAACCUUUUGCUGAGGGUCUAUCUGAAGCUAUCGAGGAGAAUGAAAUUACCUCUAGGGAUGAUGCCAGGGAAAGAGCUAACGUUCUUGCAAGCAAAUUCGAAUGGGACAAGAAUGCUGCCUUGAAGAUCUGGUGUUUUGGUCCGGAAACUACUGGUCCAAACAUUUUGGUCGACAUGACUACCGGAGUACAGUACAUGAACGAAAUCAAGGAUCACUGUAACUCUGCCUUCCAGUGGGCGACCAAGGAAGGUGCCUUGUGUGAUGAGAACAUGCGUGGUAUCCGUUUCAACCUCUUGGAUGUGACUAUGCACGCUGAUGCCAUCCACAGAGGUGCUGGUCAGAUCAUGCCUACUUGCCGUCGUUGUUUGUACGCCUGUGAGUUGACCGCCCAGCCUAAACUUCAGGAGCCGAUUUUCCUUGUGGAUAUUAACUGUCCACAGGACGCUGUCGGUGGUGUCUACAGUACGCUAAACCAGCGUCGUGGUCACGUGUUCCAUGAGGAGAACAGGGCCGGUACCCCUCUCAUUGAGAUUAAGGCUUAUUUGCCUGUCGCCGAAAGUUUCGGUUUCACAACCGCCCUUCGUGCGAGCACUUCUGGUCAAGCUUUCCCUCAAUGUGUGUUUGACCACUGGCAAUUGAUGAGCGGCGACGCGCUUGAGAAGGGCUCCAAAUUGAACGAAAUUGUGCUUGCCAUUAGGCAAAGGAAGGGUUUGAAGGCUGAUAUUCCAAGCCUGGACCAAUUCUACGACAAGCUAUAA